GUUAGGUAUUUAGAAGAGGAGAAGAGCGCGCUGCACUACCUUGGUUUACGCUUCCAGCUAACAGUGUUGUGCCUGUGUUUAUAUGCUGGAGUGACUGAUGAACAACAGUAGUCAAGCCGGGAGGGUGAUUCCCUGUCAAAGCAUCUUUUGCUCAGACUUGAGGACAUUUGAACCACAUCAGAGUGUGUGCAGAUUACAAUGGGCUGCAAUCUGUGCAGUUUUCAGAAAAGAGAGGAGCACUACAAACUGCUGUAUGAAGUUGCACAGGUCAAUGGAAAGGAUCUUUCCAAAGCUACCCAUGAAGAAGCAGUUAAAGCCUUUCGUAAUGCUAAAGAGCCAAUCGUAGUCCAGGUUUUAAGGAGAGCCCCUAUGAACAAAGCUCAUGGAGGCUUACAGGAAGUUCAGCUGGUGAAUGUCAGCACACAGACAGACAUUACCUUUGAGCACAUCAUGGCUUUAGCAAAACUCCGACCAUCCACACCACCAGUUCCUGAUAUUUGUCCUUUCUUGCUUUCUGACAGCUGCCAUUCCCUUCAUCCGAUGGAGCAUGAAUUUUAUGAAGGUAAUGAGUAUCUCUCUAGCCUGCCUACUGAUGGGGACAGAACAGAAGACUUUGAGUAUGAGGAGAUUGAGCUGUGCCGUAUUAACAGUCAGGAUAGACUGGGCCUUACCGUCUGCUAUAGAACAGAUGACGAAGAAGAUACUGGAAUCUAUGUCAGUGAGGUUGAUCCAAAUGGUACUGCAGCAAGAGAUGGGCGUAUCAGAGAAGGAGACAGAAUUUUACAAAUUAAUGGCCAAGAUAUCCAGAACAGAGAGGAGGCUGUGGCAUUACUCUCCAGUGAUGAAUGCAAGAGAAUCACUCUGCUGGUUGCGAGACCAGAGUUACAGUUGGAUGAAGGGUGGAUGGAUGAUGAAAGGAAUGAAUUCUUGGAGGAGUUAAACAACCAAAAAUUGGGAGAACAACAUAAUGAAGCAAUGCAAUACAAAGCUAAUGAAGUGCAACAGCAAAAAAAACGAGAAGAAGAAGAUGGCACGACAGAUACAGCAACCUCUUCAUCUAACAACCAUGAAAAAGACAGUGGAGUGGGACGUACCGAUGAAAGUCAACGCAAUGAUGAGAGUUCUGAGGUGGAAAAUACAGCAGAAUGUCAAACUAACACAUCUUUCCUGAUGCCAAUAGAUUUAGAGCCCAGCCAAGAAACAUUAGGAAGCAUUGAACUUCACUGCAAUGAAAGUUUUAUUUCUGGAGAAUACAUUGAUUCUGAUUCUCUGGGCAACCCAGAUGAGGAUUGUGAAAGGUUUCGCCAAUUAUUAGAACUUAAGUGCAGGAUACAAAAUAGAGGGGAGUAUGACCUUUAUUAUUCCAGUAGUACCAUUGAAUGUAGCAGGGCAGAACAUGGUGGGGUAGAGCAUGAACUACAGCUUCUAAAUGAAGAACUGAGAAAUAUUGAACUUGAAUGCCAAAGCAUUAUGCAGGCACAUCAACUCCAAAAUAACAGGAAGCAACAAAAAGGUAAUCAUGAUGAUGAAAUGAGAAACAGUAGCACCAGCAUUAACCUGCAAACAGGAAAACUUAGUGAUAUCACUGACCAUCUUGAACGAUCUGAUAAGGACAGCUCCAGUGCAUAUAACACAGCUGAGAGCUGCAGGAGUACUCCUCUAAAUAUAGAUAGAUCUCCUGAUAGCUCACUUCAGAGAAUCAUUAGCAUAACUAACAAAAAAAAUCUCAGAAGCACUAUUGUAACAAAUCAUUUUUCAUCUGGAAUAAACAGCAUUGAAAAUUCUCCCUCCAAAUCUACAGCUGGUGGGCAGAGAAUUAUAAAUGAGUUUCAAGAUACAAAGUUACAAUGCAGUCGAUUGUCAGAGCAAAAAAAUCAAAGCAUAGAGGAAAUACACUACCUUUCACCUUACCACAGUUCUGAAUAUAAAUUUGGAAAUCUACCAGUUCAUGCAAGACAUUAUCAAAGUUACAUGCAACUUAUCCAGCAAAACUCUGCUGUAGAAUAUACACAAAGUCAGUUAAACCUUGUAACUAUGUGCAAGGAAACACAAAGGUUAACAGAGCCAAGGAUGGAGUGGAAAGUCAAAAUCAGAAGUGAUGGAACAAGGUACAUCACAAAAAGGCCAGUGCGUGAUAAACUUCUAAAAGAGCGUGCCUUAAAAAUCAAAGAGGAGCGUAGUGGUAUGACUACUGAUGAUGACACAAUGAGUGAAAUGAAAAUGGGACGUUACUGGAGCAAAGAGGAGAGGAAGCAGCACCUUAUGAGAGCUAAGGAACAGAGGAGAAGAAGAGAAUUCAUGAUGCGUAGCAGGUUGGAGUGUUUAAAAGAAAGCCCUCAAAGCGGCAGUGAGAGCAAAAAGGAAGUCAGCAUUAUUGAACUAAGUCAUAAAAAAAUGAUGAAAAAACGGAACAAAAAAAUUUUGGACAAUUGGAUGACAAUCCAAGAACUAAUGACACAUGGCGAAAAGUCCCCUGAAGGAAACAGAGUACACAAUGCCUUUCUAUCAGUCACAACCGUUUGAUUGUGGCUGUGAAGUAGUAUGCUACCCUACAAGGUAGACUACAAUUGCCUCGUUAAAUGUGGCACUUUUAUAUAUUUUGUGAUGGUUUAUAGUUUCUCAUUUUGUAAGCAAAAGUAUCUGAGAUUUUACAUCUUGAUUUUCAUAUCUAAGUGCUUUCUUUUUAUAAUUUCAAUACUUGUGAGGGUGCUCAGAUAUUCAUUUUUUUUCAAGAAAAUGGAAAUAGAAGAAGCCAUUUGUUUUCUUACUACAAUGCACCUAAUGUAAGUUAAACACUGGAUUUAUUUCUCUAACUUUUUUUUCUACCUACAUAAUUCUCUUAAUACAAAAACAAACCCAUUUUGUAUACUUCUUUUUGGCAAACACGCAGCUAUACUUCCUAUGUAAACUUUGUAAUUUAUCAGAAGUCAUAUUGUAUAAUAAUUUGUUAUCGUUUGUUUUUUAUUUGUACAUGGAAUUUGGUAAUUGCAGUUGUAUUUGUCCAAGUGUAAACUGGUUAUAUUGCCCACAUUUGUAGUGGCAUCAGUAAUGUAGUCAUAACUGUGAAGAUGGCAGAGAAAUAAAUUAUUACACAUAACUUGCAAAAUA